AUGGAUCCCUUAACUAGGUACAAAAUGAAAUUAGAAAAAGAUAAAUAACAUUUAUAGGAGUAUGAGAGGAUUCAGAAGGAAAAAGAAUUCUAGAAUGAAAUGAAAUUAAGACAGAAAAAUGACAAAUAUAAUAAUAUUUAACAAAAGCAAGAUAGAUAAAAAGAAAUAGGCAGACUCAAAGCGGAAUUAAGGAAAAAUCAUAUAGAUCGCACGUUGUUUCAAAGUUAAUAAAUUGAAUAAGAGAAGUUGAAUGUAUUAAUUAUAAUUUAGAUUGUUUAGGGAUAUUAAAAGAAAAUUGCUAAGACUCUGGAUAACUUAGAGAAAUACGAGAAUGGAUAUCAUAAAGAUUACUUAACCUCUUUGCACAGAAAACUGUCAAAUCACUCACAUUAGAUUGAAUGUGUGUAAUAAUAAAAUGAAACCAUCUUGGAAAAUAAGAUCAAUAAAAUCAACAAUUCCCUUGAACUUCGUUUCAAAAAGUCCGAGGAUGUAUCUAUUAGUCUAUAAUUCAGGUCUUAUCAAGUCUUUCUAAACAAAAUAGUGAUCGAAAAAAAAGUGAAAAAAUAAAAGUUGAAACGUAUCAACAGUUAGUUUAGAAACAUUAAGAGAGACUACAAUAAUUAAGAGAUCACAAGGCAUAAUAAUUUGAGGAAAAAUUGAAUAAAGUAGAAUAACUUUAGAAAUUGAAAGAGCAAUAACAACGAGAGAAACAAUUAUUGAGAUUGGAAGCAGAUAAAUUAAAAGAGAAAAUGAGCAAAGAAUUCGAAUAAGAAUUAGCAGUAAAUAAGAGAUUAUAUAUUUUAGAAAAUGAAAUCGAAGUAAAUUAAACUAAUACAAAAUUGA